AUGAUGGAAGAUGCAAAUAGAUAUUUACUGGACGAAGAUGAGCAAAGCCAAGAAGAGUACGAAGAUUAUGGGUAUGAAUUGAGCACAACGAUGAAUCUAACACCUAUGGCUGGGACUAAGCAUGGCAAAGGGACAAAACUCGGGAAAUGCCCAUAUUGUAUGAAAAUCAGUGCACCCAUUAAAGAAUAUGAUCCUACCUCUAUGACGUGGAAUAUGUGUGGGUCAAUGUGCUUAUUAGGGUGCUGGUUCGGGUGCUGCUUAAUUCCAAUUUUUGAUAAGCAAUUCCACGGUGUUACGUAUUUUUGCAGCAAUUGUAAAAGCCCAAUGGAGGCAGGGAAUCCUUUGAUGCUGACUAGAAAGCUGAGCAUUCCAAGAGGAAUGGGUUUAUAA